AUAGGUCUCCAAUUUUGUGUGUAGAAGUUUGAUUUUAAUUUUAGAAGACUAAAUAAGUUACUUUUUUUGUUUUACUAUAUAUAUAUAUAUAUAUACAUAACGUACAUAAUAAUAAAAAUAACGUAUACGAUGUCUUCGAAUUCAUCUGCAUUGGAUGAUUCAGAAAACUUUCGAAUACUAAUUGCUACAGAUAUUCAUUUGGGAUAUGAAGAAAAAGAUUUAACUAGAGCUGAUGAUUCUUUUAACUCAUUUGAAGAAGUUUUGCAAUUAGCUGUCAAACAUGAAGUCGACUUUCUCUUGUUAGCUGGUGACUUAUUUCAUGUAAACCAACCAUCUACGGCAUGCUUGGAAAGAUGUAUGUCACUGUUGCGAACUUACUGCCUAGGAGAUAAGCCCGUUCAUAUGGAAUUUGUGAGUGACCAAGCAGAAAUAUUUAAACAUUGUAACAAUCCGAUUGUCAAUUUUGAGGAUCCAAAUUUAAAUAUUUCCAUACCAGUUUUUUCAAUUCACGGAAACCAUGAUGAUCCGUGUGGUUAUCGAGAAAUAUCUUGUCUGGAUUUAUUGAGUUCAGUGGGAUUAGUUAAUUAUUUUGGAAAACAAACCAACCUCCAGAAUAUCAAUAUAUCUCCAAUACUUUUAAAAAAAGGAUCAAAUAAAGUUGCUCUUUAUGGCUUGAGUCAUAUUAGAGAUGAAAGGCUGAUGCGGUUGUUCAAAGAUAGAAAAGUUCGAAUGUACCGGCCAGAAGAAGACACGGAUCAGUGGUUUAAUAUAUUUGUGUGCCAUCAAAACCGUGUUAAGCGUCCAGGAACCAAACAUUUGUCUGAAGAAGUUAUUCCAGAGUUCAUAAAAUUAACUAUUUGGGGACAUGAACAUGAAAGCUUAAUCGAUCCUGUUCAUAGCAGUUCAGGAAAAGGAUUUGUUUGUCAGCCAGGAAGUACUGUAGCAACAUCUAUGUGUGAGGGGGAAGCGGGAAGUAAAUACGUUGGACUACUUACUAUUAAAGGCACCGCUUUUAAAAUACAACCUCUAGAACUAAAGACAGUUAGGCUGAUGCAUUUCGAAACAAUACAUUUAUCAGAAUUGGAACACGAUUUAGAAAUUUCCAAACAGGUCGAAAGUUUUAUAGAAGAAAAACUUGAUCAAAUAAUUGUAUGCCUACAAAUGAAACAUAGUGGUCAUCCUAAACAGCCCGUGUUGCCAUUAAUACGUUUAAGAAUAUUUUACACCAAAGAUACUCAAUUCUUUAACACUCAUCGGUUUGGUCAGCGUUAUCAUGACCGUGUAGCAAAUUCCAACGAUAUGAUUGUAUUAAAGAUGGAAAAAAAAAUCUAUGAAAAAAAAAAAAAUUGUAUUGAUAGUGAAACUUUAGAAGAAAUAAUGGAAAAUCAAGAAAUGGAAAAUAUUGAAGAAAUGAUUAAUGUAUAUUUUAAAGAAAAAUCAAAUGAUGAAGAUAUGAAACAAUUGGAACUAUUAUCAGUCAAUGGUAUGGCCGAAGGAGUAAGUCGAUUCGUAAACAAUCAAAAUUCAGAAAGCAUUAAAACAGUUAUAGAUUAUCAAAUGGAUAAAGUAAAAAAAUAUGUAACCAAUCAAGAUGAUUUAAAUGAAAAUAAUAUUUUAAAUUAUAUAGAUCAAUUCCGUAUUAGUCGUUCACAAAAAGUACGAGAAGAACUUCAAGAAAUGCAGAGUGUAUUAAACUCAGAGCAGAACCUUACUCCUUCGACAUCAAGACAGUCAAUCAUACAGAAUCAAUCAAGUGAUGAAUCUGUGAACUCCGAUGAAAAUCAGCAAAACGCUUCUUCUAGUACUAGAACUCGUGGAAGAGGUGCUCGUAGUGGAAGAGGUUCUAGAGGAACCAGAGGAACUACACGUGGAAGAGGAAAAGGAUAAACUUCUCUUUGAGUACCUUUUUUUAAUUAUAUAUUUAUAAAAUUAUUAUUAUUUUUAAUUUUGUUAAAUGAAAACAAUGUAUUUAUUUAUUUAUUUGAAAUGAACAUUAUAAAAAAAAAAAAAAACUGUUUUUCUGUUAAAUGUUAUAAGUUGUCAUUUUUAUUAUUAAAAUAUUUUUUAUGUCAUUUUUGGUCGAAAACAACUCAUUCUACUACAAUUGUACUGUUCCUAAGAGUAUUAUGACUUAAGUUUUAAAAAAAAAUAUUUUAAUUUUUCAUAACA